CUGUUCUCGAAUACAGGGGUGCAACAAGAAAGAGUGUGAAAAUGGCUUGGAAAUAUCUAAUUUUUAUCAACUUUAUAUGUGUAUGUACAGCGCAGUUUAAAUGUACCAACCUAGUGAGUGAACUAGUCACAUGUAGCUCUAACCAUCUUAGCAAGAUGCCAGAAAUAGCACAAUCGCUACGAGGAACUACAGAUUUUAUAGCUGCCGGGGUCGUCAUUCCUUACUGGAAAACUAUGUGCGAAUAUCAAAGUGACGUGAAAAACUAUUUUACGUGUAGUUUAGCUAAAAUAAAUGAUUGUGUAGAAGAUGGGUUUGAAGGAAUGUUUCCAGACUCACAGAAUAUGAAUAGAGGUUUUGAGAACGCCUGUACUCAACUUGACAGAAUUGACGUUGGGUGUUAUCAAGUCAACCAGGCAGCCAUUCAUCAAUGUGCAAUGUCCGCAACUGGACCUCCGCCAACGUCCACCUCCAACGCCAGCGCAAUGAUUACACAUAACUGUCGACUCUUUAGCGAGGAGAUCAAAUGCACUGGACAGAAUCUUGAUACUUGUCAAGACACCAAGAAAAUUGUGGAGAACUAUUUCAGUUAUUUAGGACGUCCGGCUUGUGGUGGAGUUGCUGUGGUCUCAUUAAGUCUUCUCUUAUCAUUCUUUACUCUAUGUUUUACUUUCAUUUUACGUCAUUAAAUUGUCAUUAGUUUUC